AUGCAUGGUGAUGACAACUUUGUUUCAUAUGGUUCAGAAUCUCAAGUUGUUUGGCAAAGUUUUGAUCACCCAAUUGACAUCCUUCUUGGAGGCCAAAAGCUAAAAGAUGUAGUUGAGCUGGUCUCUAGUUUAUCUUUGUUCAAUCACGGCUAUGGUUCGUACGAUAUAUCAAUUAGGCAGAGUGAUGGUCUAGUUGCAAUAUACUACGAAUCUACACAAGUUAGGCUAAUAUCGGAUGGGUUUGGGAAUUCAAUAAAUAGUCCAGUAAUCUUAAAGUUAGAUAAUACCGGUAAGUUGUAUCUUGUUGGUUCUGAUGAUGUGGUACUUCGAUAUCUUUACCCAAAUAAUAAUCAACAACAUCAAGAAUAUGAUGAUGAGGACUAUAUAUACAGAGCAAUAUUGGAGUCAGGAGGAGAUUUUGUUUUGUACAAAGAAAGAUUUGAUGGAAAUGUUGAGCUUAACGAGAAUUCCUCUUCAAGUGUGCUUGCUCCGAGCGAUGAGGAUUCAUCAGUAUGGGUACAGUUCAACAUGUAUGCUCCUGUUAGCAUUUGA